AUGGACCUCCCUCUACUGGAUUGGCUCAAAAAAUAUACCUUCCCUCUCGAGCAAUCGUUUUCCUCUCUGGAAUUUGCCGAAAAAAUUUAUCCGAUUGUUGUUAGCAAUCUACUACGUCAUGGAACGACGACCGCUGUUUACUUUGCCACGAUUCAUCUGGAAUCAAGCAAACACUUGGCAAAGGUGAUUCACCAAAACGGUCAGAGAGGAUUUGUCGGGAAGGUUAAUAUGGACUGCAAUUCUCCGGAAACUUACAUCGAAACGGUGAAUUCGAGCUUAGAAGAUACCGAGAACUUUGUGAAAUAUGUGUUGGACCUGAAUCAACCAUCUGAUAAAAAAUCACGUCUGGUGACGCCUAUUAUAACACCUAGAUUCGCGGUUUGUUGUUCAUCCGAAUUGAUGGGUUCCCUCUCCAAAAUUGCCGAGAAAUAUGACGUUCCAAUUCAAUCGCACCUCUCCGAGAAUGCCGACGAGAUCGC